CACAGCCAUUGCCACGCAUUUUGAACACAAAACACAUGGCAUCAUCACCGUCAAGGUUCCUCAACACCAUGUCUCUGUCUCUCUUCAUGUUGAUCUUCCUCUGCUUCAUUUCAUCAUCACCUUCUCUCUGUUCUGCAUCUUUUCCCACCACCAAUGAUGAUGAUCUUCCCUUUUCUCCAAAACUUGAUGCAGAGAAGCUCAUAAGAGCGCUCAACCUGUUCCCAAAAGAUUCUGUUAACACACUAGAGAAUGAACCUCAUGUUGUCUCUGGAAACCUUGUGGAGAAAAAGUUAACUUUUCCUAGUCUUGCUGCUUCUGAACCUUCUGUUGAAGACCUUGGCCAUCGUGCAGGAUACUAUAGCCUUCCUCGUUCCAAAGCUGCAAGGUUGUUCUACUUUUUCUUUGAAUCUAGGAACAGUAAGGAUGACCCUGUUGUCAUCUGGUUGACUGGAGGACCAGGAUGCAGCAGUGAGCUAGCUAUGUUUUAUGAAAAUGGUCCUUUUCAUUUUGCCAAGAACUUGUCUCUCGUAUGGAAUGAAUAUGGAUGGGACAAGGCUUCAAAUAUUCUGUUUGUAGACCAGCCCACUGGGACAGGUUUCAGCUACACUACUGAUGAGAGUGACAUUCGCCAUGAUGAAGAAGGUGUUAGCAAUGAUUUGUAUGACUUUUUGCAGGCAUUUUUCAAAGAGCACUCUCAGUUCACCAAGAAUGACUUUUUUAUUACUGGAGAGUCAUACGCUGGACACUACAUUCCAGCUCUUGCAUCCAGAGUUCACCAAGGAAACAAAGCAAAAGAAGGAACCCACAUAAAUCUGAAGGGUUUUGCUAUUGGUAAUGGGUUAACCAAUCCUGAAAUUCAGUACAAGGCAUAUACAGACUAUGCAUUAGACAUGGGACUAAUUAACAAGACUGAUUAUGACAGAAUCAACAAGUUGAUCCCACCAUGUGAGCAGGCCAUAAAAACUUGUGGCACUAAUGGUGGAGACACAUGCGUAUCUGCAUUAUAUUCUUGCAAUCGCAUUUUCAACUCGAUCUUGUCCAUUGCUGGAAACAUUAAUUACUACGACAUUAGAAAGAAAUGUGAGGGAAGUUUGUGUUAUGACUUUUCCAACAUGGAGACAUUCUUAAACAAGAAGGAAGUGAGGAAUGCUUUAGGUGUUGGGGAGAUGGACUUUGUUUCAUGCAGCAGCACAGUGUAUUCCGCCAUGAUGCAGGACUGGAUGAGAAAUCUGGAAGUAGGUAUUCCUACUCUUCUUGAGGAUGGAAUCAAGGUGCUUGUGUAUGCUGGAGAAGAAGAUCUCAUAUGCAAUUGGCUAGGGAAUUCAAGGUGGGUUGAUGCCAUGGAGUGGUCAGGUCAGAAAGAUUUUGGGGCAUCUCCAAUAGUCCCAUUUUUGGUUGAUGGUGAAAAAGCAGGAGAGCUGAAAACCCAUGGACCUCUUGCUUUCCUCAAGGUGAAGGAGGCUGGUCACAUGGUCCCUAUGGAUCAACCAAAAGCUGCACUUGAGAUGCUAAAAAGCUGGAUGCAAGGGAAACUGACAAUUAAAAAGGGUGGAGAGAAUGUCUCUCCUAAAUGAUGUACUGAGCAAAGCCAAUAUCAUCCUCCAGUUGAAUAGAUAGUGAUAACAUAAAACUGUGCACUGGAGGAUUUGGAGCAAAUCAUGUAUCCUUGUUAUUAAAUCUUACACAACCUUGUAAUUUUUUUUAAUUUUAUUCAAGCAAAUUUCAAUUCUUGAAUAAAAAUAUUGAACAUUAUGCCAUGACUCCCAGUAAAUGACAAGGGCUUGUUGCUUCUUUGUUA